AUGUUUAUGAAGCUGAAGGUGUACUCCGUCUACUGUGUCCCUGAGGGAGCGGUUCCUGGUGGGUGGGUGAAAGCUACGGUGCCGAGCCUAAAAGAUGUGUACGGGGGGAGCGUCAAGGAAAGCCAGCUCUAUUUCCUCCUGUCCUAUGAGGGAAAGGAGCAGGAGUUGCGCAGACGGCUCCCCACCUUGUCUGCGGACGAGGUCGAGAAGAGCAUGGUCGUUUUCAACCCUUUCAACGGGCGGUGGGGUCUUGCUCGACUCAGAGAUGUGUUUAUCGCACCCGAGCCGUAUGGUGAGUGGCCCACCGGCAUGCUCAUUGAGGGGCUUCUGUGGGUAGAGACUGCUUCGCUAAUAUUCGGCCCCGUCUACCCCAAGGUGUUUUCCCGCCCUGGGUACAAGGAGCUACUGGCGGCUGACCUCACCGGGACCCCGUCUUGUAGAGGGCCAUACGCAAGCUUGCCUUAA